GGGCUAAGCCUCCUGUAAAAUGCUCUUUAAGAUUAUUGUAGCAAGGACAGAAAUGCUGGUUGUGGAGGAAGGACUCUGGGAAAAUGGCCUUUCCUAUGAAUGUCGGACACUGCUCUUCAAAGCGAUCCACAAUCUAUUAGAAAGGUGCCUAAUGGAUAAGAACUUUGUUAGGAUUGGGAAGUGGUUUGUCCGACCCUAUGAAAAGGAUGAAAAACCAGUCAACAAAAGUGAGCAUUUGUCCUGUGCAUUCACAUUCUUUCUUCAUGGGGAAAGUAAUGUAUGCACAAGUGUGGAGAUUGCCCAACACCAGCCAAUUUAUUUGAUCAAUGAAGAGCAUAUACACAUGGCUCAGUCUUCACCUGCACCAUUUCAAGUACUGGUGAGUCCUUAUGGCUUAAAUGGCACGCUCACAGGCCAAGCAUACAAGAUGUCUGACCCAGCCACCCGUAAGUUGAUCGAGGAAUGGCAGUAUUUCUACCCAAUGGUGCUGAAAAAGAAAGAAGAAUUGAAAGAAGACGAGGAGUUGGGAUAUAAUGAUGAUUUCCCUGUGGCAGUCGAAGUAAUUGUUGGUGGUGUUCGGAUGGUUUAUCCUUCGGCAUUUGUUUUGAUCUCUCAGAAUGACAUCCCAGUUCCUCAGAGUGUUGCUGGUGCUGGAGGCCAUAUUACAGUGGGGCAGCAGGGCCUUGGUAGUGUGAAGGACCCAAGUAACUGUGGGAUGCCUCUUACCCCUCCCACCUCUCCAGAACAGGCUGUCAUAGGGGAGAGUGGAGGUACUCAGAGUGCGGUCAGUCACCUGGGCUCCCAAGACGGGGGGAUGAUAACUAUGCACAGUCCAAAGAGAUCGGGGAAGAUUCCUCCAAAACUCCACAAUCAUAUGGUCCAUCGAGUCUGGAAGGAAUGCAUCCUCAACAGAACCCAGUCCAAGAGGAGCCAAAUGUCAACUCCAACUCUUGAAGAAGAGCCUGCUAAUAAUCCUGCUACUUGGGAUUUUGUGGAUCCAACCCAAAGAGUCAGCUGUUCCUGUUCUAGAAUCACCUUGUCCGAAACUUACGGGAUAUUGGUUGGAAUUGCAUUGAAUUUAUACAUCAACUUGGGGAGAAUUAUGUGUAGGCUUGGGCAGCACAAGCCCAUCUGCAAAGUGCUACGAGAUGGAAUCAUGCGCGUGGGAAAGACCGUGGCCCAGAAGCUGACUGACGAGCUUGUGAGCGAGUGGUUCAACCAGCCAUGGAGCAGUGAGGAGAAUGACAAUCAUUCCAGACUCAAACUUUAUGCGCAAGUUUGCCGCCAUCACCUAGCACCUUAUCUAGCCACUCUGCAGCUCGAUAGCAGCUUGUUGAUACCACCUAAGUACCAGUCCCCACCAGCAGCAGCACAGGGACAAGCUACACCUGGGAACGCUGGGCCUCUAGCUUCAAAUUCAGGAUCAGCAGCACCCUCAACUGGCAGUGCAUUCAAUCCCACCUCGAACAGCAGUGCUGGGAACCCUGCAGCAAGUAGCUCCGCAUCUGGUUCCUCUGUGCCACCCGUCUCAUCAUCUGCCCCUGCUCCCGUUAUUAACCAGAUCAGCACUACCUCUUCUUCAGGAUUCAGUGCUAGUGUUGGAGGGCAGAACCCCAGCACUGGGGCCAGUUCUGCAGAUAGAACGCAAGGGAACAUAGGCUGUGGUGGAGACACUGAGCCUGGGCAGAGCUCCUCUCAGCCCUCUCAGGAUGGACAAGAAAGUGUCACAGAACGAGAGAGAAUAGGAAUUCCCACUGAGCCUGACUCUGCAGACAGCCAGGCCUAUCCUCCAGCAGUUGUCAUUUACAUGGUGGACCCCUUCACUUACACCGCAGACGAAGACUCCACUUCUGGAAACUUUUGGCUGUUGAGUUUGAUGCGCUGCUACACAGAGAUGCUAGAUAAUUUACCUGAGCAUAUGAGAAAUUCUUUCAUUCUCCAGAUCGUGCCUUGCCAGUACAUGCUGCAGACAAUGAAGGACGAGCAGGUGUUCUACAUUCAGUGCUUGAAGUCCAUGGCGUUUUCCGUGUACUGUCAGUGCCGGCGACCGCUGCCCACGCAGAUCCACAUUAAGUCCCUCACGGGGUUCGGGCCUGCCGCCAGCAUCGAGAUGACCCUCAAGAACCCAGAGCGACCCAGCCCAAUCCAGCUUUAUUCCCCUCCUUUUAUAUUGGCCCCAAUCAAAGACAAGCAGACGGAGCUGGGAGAGACAUUUGGGGAGGCGAGCCAGAAAUACAACGUGCUCUUUGUGGGCUACUGUCUGUCUCAUGACCAGCGCUGGCUUUUGGCUUCCUGCACUGACCUCCAUGGGGAAUUAUUAGAAACUUGUAUUGUAAAUAUUGCUUUACCAAACAGAUCACGGAGGAGUAAAGUAUCUGCACGUAAAAUUGGACUACAGAAGUUAUGGGAGUGGUGCAUCGGUAUUGUCCAAAUGACAUCUCUACCCUGGAGAGUUGUAAUCGGCCGACUUGGGCGGCUUGGCCAUGGGGAGCUUAAAGAUUGGAGUAUCCUCCUUGGAGAAUGUUCACUACAGACAAUCAGCAAACGGCUCAAGGACGUGUGCCGGAUGUGUGGAAUCUCUGCCGCAGACUCUCCUUCAAUCCUUAGUGCCUGCCUGGUUGCCAUGGAGCCCCAGGGGUCCUUCGUAGUGAUGCCAGAUGCCGUCACAAUGGGUUCUGUUUUUGGCCGAAGUACCGCUCUGAACAUGCAGUCAUCUCAGCUGAACACCCCUCAAGAUGCUUCCUGUACACACAUCUUGGUGUUCCCAACAUCGUCAACCAUCCAGGUGGCUCCAGCCAACUAUCCCAAUGAAGAUGGGUUUAGCCCCAACAAUGAUGACAUGUUUGUUGACCUUCCAUUCCCAGAUGAUAUGGACAAUGACAUUGGCAUAUUAAUGACUGGGAACCUCCAUUCCUCUCCCAACUCCUCCCCAGUUCCUUCCCCAGGCUCUCCUUCUGGAAUUGGUGUGGGCUCUCACUUCCAGCACAGUCGGAGUCAGGGUGAGCGUCUUCUCUCUAGAGAGGCACCUGAGGAGCUGAAGCAGCAGCCUCUGGCCCUCGGGUAUUUUGUGUCAACUGCCAAAGCGGAGAAUCUCCCCCAGUGGUUUUGGUCAUCGUGUCCCCAGGCUCAGAAUCAGUGCCCCCUCUUCCUAAAGGCUUCGCUGCAUCACCACAUUUCUGUAGCACAGACGGACGAACUUCUCCCUGCCAGGAAUUCUCAACGGGUUCCACAUCCUCUUGACUCCAAAACCACAUCUGAUGUUUUAAGGUUUGUUUUGGAGCAGUACAACGCUCUGUCCUGGCUCACGUGCAAUCCGGCCACCCAGGACCGUACCUCCUGCCUUCCCGUCCACUUUGUGGUGCUCACUCAGUUGUACAAUGCCAUCAUGAAUAUACUUUAAUUGGAAAAGCACUUGUUCUCUCUGGCUCAGUUCCUCCUCCCUGCAACCUCAGUCCAAGAAACCUGCUACACUCUGCAAAUGCCCCACAUCCUCUUCUUGAGACCACUCUCCACAGUCCUGCACUGUGAUUACUCCUCAGCAGGCACAUGUCAUUUCUGCAGUGUUCAUUACCAGAGGGAUUCACUGACACUUCUCUCAUGGACCUGGAAACUUCCAAUAAGCAGUGACUUUUAGCCAGUGUUACGGUGUGUGCAGCCCCAAACCACUGGUCCACAGGAAGUUUUUUAUUGUUGGUUUUUAAGAGGGAAACAGAAGAGACAGUAUCCUUUUGCACAAGAGUCUGUGUUUCCAGUCUCUGUUUAAAAACAAGGGCAGUUUAGCCCUUUUGGAUGAAAUCCUCUAGUUAUUGGUGUAUGGCCUGUGGGUUACCCGAACUCCAUAAUCUGGGACUUUUUAAAAAUAAGAACCAGCUCAAGUAUAUGACUUCAUAACGGGGUUUCUGUCUCCCUAGUGCUCCCAUCUAGAUUGGCAUGAAUGCUUUGGUUGACUUCAUACCUGUGUGUAGAUACAAAAGGUCUGGAGACAUCUUCAUUUUGUUUAUUUAUUUUAAGUUGUUUUGUCAUGUGUUUUUGUGACUUUCUUUUGAUUUUUUUUUUUAAUUCAUGAGGACCAGGUACAGUAGCUGAAACCCAACUCAGAUCCACCAUAGGAUUCUUUGACUACAUACCUCUGUCCUAGAAGCUGGAAAAGGAGUGAAAACAGAUUGGGGAGAUAUGCCUAAAAAGUAAUAUAUUCAAAACCACCCAGCAGUAGGCUUUAUUAAUAAGAACAAACUGGGUAAACAUUCUGCCAUGUUUCUUAUUAAAAGUGGCCAGCGUUUCAUGAAGGAUAACAUUUUUAUACAGAAGGCAGGCAGUCAAGCUCAACCCAGAGCCAUGGAGGCAAGUACCUUCAUUAGUUUUAUAUAGUCACAACGGAAAUAUAUUUUCUAGUGAAUUCUUAUUGAAAGCCAGGUCUCUCCUCUCAUUAGAUCAAAAGGGACUCAUGUACAUAUCAUAAUUGAAAGUGUUUGCUCAUAAAAUCAGUUAUAAAUAUGGUGACUUUUUUCUGGACCAUAGGAAUAUUAUUUCAAAGAAAUAUUACAACUUAACCAUUAAAUUAGUACUUGAAGUUGAGCCUUUGUGGUGGGACUUUUUAAAAAAAAAAAUAAUAAUGCCUUUUUAAAGCAUUAAUGGCUAAUUGAAGUAUUUUAUGACUCCUCAUUCCAGGCCCAAGAGGGUUGUCUUUAAGACCCCGUUUCUGACCCUGACGUCACAGCACGUUUCUGUCUUGAGGGCAGUGGGCGUGGGCUUGCCUCCCGCAAGCCACUUUGGUCAGGCUGUUGAGCUCUAGUCAUCUGUGGAGAGAAUCAUGCAAAUUUUAAAGUUCUUCCAAGAGACUUCCAUAUCCUGGUUAUUAACAAAAAAACAAAAAAACAAAAAAAAAAAAGGAAAAAUGUAAUAACUGAUAUGAUUUUGUAAAAGUAUUUUUCUUGAAAUAAUCUAACGUUUAAAACAUUAUAUUAAAAAAAAAGUUGUGUGGUGGGAAUAUGUAAGCAGAGAAAUAACUUGUAAAUGGAUAAUUUUAUUCUCUGUACCACCAAUUGAGGGGGGGGGUGACUUUCGCAAUGUAUAGGUUAAAAAAAAAAUCUGAUAUAUCAAACCAUUUGUAUCUAAUGUGUACAGUGUAAAAUUGACUUUAAAAAUAUUGCAGUGCUAUUUUUUCUUAAUCAGAAAGGAAAAAUUCUCAAGGCCUUUUGAAGAGCAUAAGAUGAUGAAGAUUGUAAACUUGUAUAAAAUUAUCUUGGUGAGAAGACAAAUUGUAAAGUAGAUAUUUGUAAUCUUUUACCACUUUGGGGUUGCUUUUUUUCCCAGAAUUCAUCAGAACUUUGAAUUUUUUUUUUUUUUUUUAAUAUGGGCUGUUUUUAAUGCAGGGGCUUUUCUUCCCUAGAAACCCAAUUCUAAGCAAAAAAAGAAAAAAAACACAAAAAAUAAAAAACCCCUACAAAAAUUAAAAAAAAAAAAAAGGCAGCAAAGGGUAGUUUUCAUCUGGUGUCUUUUAUUUAAGUUUUUUAAGUUAAGAAAAGCUGGUGACAUAUUUAUACGUUUUUGUGCAAAAAUAAAUGAAUGGCAAUAGAUUUUAAAAAAUCUUAUUAUGUACUUCUGUGUGAAAAAGUCUGUAUAAUAUUUCCCUUAAAUAUGCAUUAUUUUACUUGUGAGUUUUUUACUGAAUUAAUCUGAAAUGUACAAGCCCUGGAUUUGCUACAGAGUGAGAAGUUAUUUUAUUUUUUUUUUUAUUUUUAAUUUUGGAAAUUCUGCAAAAAUCAGAACUCUUACCAUGGUUUGAACUAAAAAGGGGAAACGGGGAGGGGAGAGGGGUGGGAUUGUCCAGCAUGCUUGUAUGUAUAUUUCAGAACCUUUUUUAAAUGUAAAAGCUGUACAUUUCUGGGAAGUUCUGAAUUUCUUUUGUUUCCUUUUUUCCUUCAAGCAUUUUGCAGUGAGCUUCUUUUAUAUAUGGCAAACAAUUUGAAAGAAUACAAAAAUAUGUGAAGUUCAUUUAAAACUACAGUAUAGCGCUGGUACAGUACACUAAAGACUUUGAUAAAAAGAAACAAUACUAAAAGGCCUCCAUUUUAAAUGUCAUUCAUAUAUACCUUGUGAAUGAGAGCUAUAUACUUUUACACACUUUUUUAGAGGAAUAAAUUAUUGAAUUACUGAAACUUUGAGUGGCUUUUUUCCCCUCCCAUCCUGUCUUUGUAAUAAAAUUAUCUACACCUAUUCAGAAGGUGUAUGUAUAAUGUAUUGAACAUUCCUUGGCUGGGAGCCAGGCUCUACCUUCCAGAGUAACCCCCCCCCCCCAAACAACAGUUGUUCUCAGACGGUGUUCCCAUGCUCCAGGGUACUCAUGCAUUCCCAGAUCCGUGCUGAGAGCCUGCACACACACAACACUGAAGUAGGAGCCCUGGUGUUUAGUUCUAUAACUGUUCGAGUAGAUCAGAUCUGUGUCCCCCACAGAUCGUGGUCAAUCCUAGAACAAAUUACAGGUCUGUUUUCCACUUCCUUUCUCAUCACGGUCUGGGCCAGUUUCUUUUUGAUGUUCCUUAGAAACAACAGACCUGUCUUUGCUCUCUGCCCUGUUCGCAGGCUGGUGACAGUAGGAUGCCAUCCAGCACAGCAGGUACAAGCGAGAUGUCGUUCCCCUUGGGUCCAGCCGCUAGGGAAAACCACGUGCUCUUAGGGGCAGAAUCUCUUGCUAAAAUGGUAAGCCGCCAGGACGUGGCAGAGCUUACGGUCAAACUUUGGCUAAAUCUCGAAAGACCUUGCUUUUAACCUUCCUGCAUCUAUUUAGAAAUAUGCAUUACUCUGAAUUUAACAUUGUCUGAACCUAGAGGUAAAGCUGUUGAGACUGCUCAGCCGCGGUUAUUUUAUCUGCAAAUGAAGGAUGAGCGUGAGUCUGUGAGAAAUGUUUUGCAAAUGGUGACGCUGUUACCAUGUUAUUGUAAUUGUACCAUUGAAGAAGGGGAACAGCGAGGCCACGUUUCGGUUAGAAGACCAUUUUGGCCUCUGCCUCAUCCCUCACCACGGCACUGUUCGUCAUGCUGCUUGCCAAAAGCAUUAUGAACCACAUAGUCCCUGGAUCCAUUGUAAUCAGGUCAGUCCAGUGAUUCUUGUGUCCCCUUAAUAAUCAGAACUAGAUGGUGUUCUUACCAGUGUUUCUUAGCUUAGAUACUUAGCUCAUACAUCGGGUGGGACUUGACCCAACGGUUUGUGAACCUUGUUUUCAUAACCACUGGCUGCACCAAUUUGGCGACCUUAGCUAAAUCUCUUUGAGGCAGGAGAAGGUAUUUGUUGAGUGCAUUUAAACAUUUUGCAAAUCAGGUGAAGACAGAUCUGACCGGGCGCUCGGGAGCCAUCAGCCUCCAGCCAUUCACUUCGCUCUGAUUCUGCAUAACACCCAGUUUACCCCCUCCGGUGAUGCCACGGCACCGAGUCCUGUUUCCGCUCUUCAGGGACGUGUGGGGCAAGGGAUUUGUUCCCAACAGUUAUCAAGGAGCUCAAAAAGUUUUUGUGUAAAAAGUGCAGUUUGUCAAUAGAAGUUUUUAAAAGCAGACUUCUCAUAAGACUGAAUGCUGAAGCAGGAGCCACCUACUGAAAAUUGUCCUUGGCCGCUUGUCGUUUAUGCAACACAAGCCAUGGCGUAAAGAACGUUUUGGGGUUUUUUUCACUUUUGAAUCCACCACAUGCUAAAAUCCUACCAAAAUGCAAUUUUAAUGUAUCACCAGGUUCUCUUGGUGUUAGAUGAUUUGCUUGUUCACAUCCCCUUGACAACAAGGCCACUUUGACAGUAAUUAUUUCAUGCCAUCAAUACCUAAUGAGACACCCUAAGAAAAUUCUGUUGUGCCAGAUCACAGUGUGGUUGUAUCGAUGGCCCUGGGCAUCCUACUCCACUUGGAACCAGAUUUACCAGUCUUCUGCUACUUCAAUUGAAAAUUUCAGGUCAAGUUUCCAAAAUGAUUUUUUUGACACUUCCUGCUUCUGGCUAGAACUCCAAAGUAAUGAGGCAGGUAAGAAAUAGAAGUUGAUGAGGAAGAAAGGUUCACCUGCAGGAUGGAGCUUGGGUAUGACUGAAGUAUUGAUUUUUCUCUGUAAAAGGUUAUUUCCUCAAUAAGCAUUAGUUACCAGGUGAUAAAAAGGCACAGACAACACGGGGGUCCGUCUCACUUCAAUUUAUUUUUUUUAAACAAGCAGGGAAGUGAGAAAAAGCACAUGCUUUGUUUUAAUAAUCUGCUAAAAACUGCAUUUGUCUGGGCUGUUACUCCAUGCUGUUCAUUUAUAGGUGUCAAAGCAAGUGUGUCUGAAGAGUGCUUAACAUCACCCGCUGCUCAGAACGGGCAAACGCGUACAAACGAGCAGCACUUGGUGUGUCUUGCCUGCUGCUAUUUUAUGCUUUCAUUGCCCUUAUUAGCAGAUUAGGCACGUUGCAAUCUACCUGUUUCAGAAAGCCAGGCAAUCUUCAGGAAAAUGGGCCACGCCAGAGCUAAGAGUAGAGGGCUGACACAAGGCAAAAUGUGUGCUCUGGGGGAAAAUCAAUUUAAUUUAACAUGUACGAUAGUACUUGUUGUCUUAUUUAACUUGAGCUUGAACAUCUUUCAGUAAACAUUUUGUCAGCUUCUCUUAUUUAAAUCUUUGUUCACUUAGAGGUCUUGAUGUUACUAAUUUAUACGCACUGUUUACAUAAAUAACUUCCUGUCUGCUCUCGUGCGUGUGAGUUCUCAUUCUAGAAGAGAUAAUGAUCAGAUAGUCACAUACACACACAUAGACCAGUUUUUGUUCUGUUGAUCUCUCCACAAAGCUUAUGGAGGUUAUCUCCCUUGUCAGGUCUAGGGAGGUCAAGUGUGCCUCACAGGAUGAAUUUGAUGCCCUUCCAGUCAUUUUUUGUGACACAGGAACGUUGACCUCACAUGACAACUCCGUUGGGCUGAGAGUAGGCACCCAGGGAACGUUAGCUGAACACAGACUGUUGAAAGAGUGGACUCCACCUCAAAAAUCGGAAAUAAUUUUACAAGCAAAUGCAUCACAUCUCGAUGCCUUUUUGGAGAGCAGAAAAUACAUCUUUUAUAUAUUAGAAAAAACAGGAACUUCCUUUUUUGGUGGUUGAUUUAGGUUUUCUAUUUCCUCUAUCAAUUUUGGUAAUUUGGAUUUUUAUAGGGGAAAAAAAAAUGGAGUUUUCCCAAUGUAUUAGUACGCAAUUGUGCGGAGUACUCCCUUAAUUCUGAACGUGUUGUUUUUGGUCACAUACGUUCCUUCUCAUUUCUAACAAUAUUGAUGCCGAGUUUCUUUCCUUGAUUUAUUUUCUAGCAGUGUGCUGUUUCUUAGUUUUGUUUGAUUUUUUUUUCCAAAGAAACAGCUCAUGGAUUUAACAAUUCUGUUUUUAUCCUGGCUUUUAUCUUGCUGUACAUUUUCCCAGUCUCCUUGAGGGUUGUUUAAUUUUCCUUGAAUCUUAAUUGCCUGCUUAGUUAAUUUAUUUUCACUUUGAUGACACUUUAUAGCCUGGGGGCUUCUGGAUGCGGGUGGCCCUCCUCAGAUGAUACGCAGAAGUCUUCAUGUGUGUGCAUUUUUCUAGGGAGAGGGUCUGUUGCAUCCCAUCCUCAGAGGUGUCAGACCCUGAAAGGGGUAAAAUGACUGACCUGGGACUGUGUUAAAGCUGAUUGCAUCCUGCAGGUGUUGAUGUUGAUGUUUAGCAUUUUCAUUUUUAUUUUUAGACUUUUAGUUCUUCAUUUCCUUUUUUUUUUUAAUAAAGGAAAGUUCCCUUUGGAUUUAAAGUCCCUUGGACUCUAAUUUUCUCUUACUGCAAUGCGAUCUAGUAAUGAUUGGUUCUUACAAACAUUCUCUGGAACCUUCAAAACAGUAUUUAUUGUACCUUCACAGCACAUCUAAAUCUGGAAGCUAAAUUUUCGAUGGUUAAAGUAAAAUGUAGUUCUACCAAAUAAUAAAGUUGCAUUUAACAGAAAAAAAUUUCUAACUGAAUUUUAACUAAAAUGAGUUCAAUUAAAAUUCAAUUAAACUUUAAAAAUUAGUUCCUCAGCCACGCUUACUGCAUUUCAGAGUGUUAGUCACACAGGCGUCCUAUCGGAAGUGCGGCGCUAGGCAUUAAGAUUUGAAACCAAUUAAUUCUAUCCUGGGUGUAUUUUCUGUUUCUUCUAUGCCCCUGUCAAGACCUCAGACUCUGUCCUAGGCAGGUAGCAGGAGUUAAAAUUUCCCACUGCAAUUUUGGGCUGUCCUUUUUUCUUUUGUACUACAUUAUCGGUGCAGGAAGUUUUAUGAUGUAUUUUGUAAUGUAAUUUAUCUCUGUAUCCUGGCCCUUUGUAAUACUUUUUGCUUUAAAUUAUCCUUUGAUAUUAAUUUUGCCACCCCUGUGUCCUUUUAUUAGAAUUCUGGUGUUAUAUCUUUGACCAGCCAUUUAUUUUGAACCUUUGUCAUUUUGUGUUAGGUGUUCUUCAUACACAUUGUUGCAUUUUAUUUCUUAACAGAAUAAUCAUUUCAUUUCAAUAGGGUGAUUUUUACCAUUUGCAUUUCCUGUUCUGUGUUACAUUUUGACUUGUCAGCCAAUUCUUAUGAAAAUACACAUAUUUAUUUGCUUUUA